AUGAUUCGGUAUCAAGUGCUGUGUAUUCUCCUCGCCUGCUUCGGUGCUACGUUUUAUGGCUAUGACACUAGCAUUACUGCUUCGGUUCUUGCGUAUAACAGCUUCAUUCAAUACUUUGAGCUGAACAAUGAUACCAUUGGCGCUAUGAAUUCCGCAUACCAAGCUGCUGCCGCCCUUGGUGCUUUGUCUAAUUUCUACCUCCCCAACAGGCUUGGCCGGCUACGUACAAUUAUACUUGGAUGCACCAUAUCCGUCAUUGGAGUCACACUGCAGACUUCUGCGCAGAACUACCCCAUGUUCGUUGUUGGGCGUACAAUAGGCGGAAUUGCUUGCGGUAUCGUAUUUUCCGUUUGCCCAGUAUACGCCAACGAAAUAUCCCCGGCCUACUUUCGUGGACGGGUGGGCGCCCUUUACGCACUGAAUAUUACCGCUUCCUUCCUGAUUACUCAAUGCGUCGGUCUCGGUCUCUACUUCAUCAAGGGCAAUACUUCAUGGCGCUUGCUAUUCGCUCUACAGUUAAUCCCCGCCUUAUCGUUAGCAAUAUUCUCGAUUCGGAUGCCGGAGUCACCGCGCUUUCUUGCUCUAGUAGGAAGGGAUAAAGAGGCUCUGGAGAUCCUCCGACAGUUGCAUGGAGGAGGCAAGGAAACCGCUGAAUACAACGAAAGUGACUCAUACUAUCAGGAGUUCCUAGAGAUUCGCGCUCAAAUUGAAGAGGAUAGGAGUUACACAAGAAGUUGGCGCACGAUCAUCUCCAAAAGUUCAUACCUAAGACGCUUUGCGUUGAUUAUUGGUUUCUUCUUUUUCCAACAGUUCACUGGUAUAAUCCCUCUCGCCGCAUACCAAGUGAUUAUCUAUCAGAUGCUCGGAGUUCGAGCGGUAACAUCGUUGAUUCUCACUGUUGUUUAUGGAAUCGCCACUACGUUAGGUGUCAUAACUUGCGGAUUUUGGCUCGAUAAGGUCGGGCGAAGGCCAGCCCUAUUAGCAUGCUAUGCGGGUAUGAUACCGUCAAUGGGUUUAAUCGUGGGUUUCUGGAUUGGGUUCGAGAAGUCCGGGAACCAAAACCUCGGUCUUGUAAAAGGGGUCCUUGUGGGCAUUUACCUCGUCGCCUUCAUCUUUUCAGGAGUCAUGAACGCAUUUGGUCCAACAUACGCUUCCGAGAUCAUGCCAACCGAGAUUCGUGCGGCCGGUCUGGCCGCUGGAUAUUUCGUCUUCAAUGCCCUGGCUGUCUUGAUCUCUCAAAUCACACCCACAGCGAUAGCGAGCAUCUCUUGGCGGUAUUUCCUGAUCUUCUUGAUCAUGGAUUGCAUCUUCAUUGUGAUUGCAUAUCUUUUUUAUCCGGAGACCAGGAAUCUGGCGCUGGAACACAUUGGUAAGGCUUUCGGAGAUAAGGUCGCUACAGCUCAGCAGCUUAGCGGUGAGAGCAUUGUGGUCUCCACAUCUCUACAGCCAUCCAAGCUGAUUGACUGACCCACAGGCGGCGGGGGGAGGAUUAGGUGCCUCGCAAAAGCUGAACAAACGCGGAUGGUGUUGCUUACGGUGCUGGUUGAGGGCUGCAUGACUGCAGGGCUAUAUGCAGAUACGUUCCCAUAUGCAUGCAUGGAUCGGAAGCGGCGUGGGUCCAAUUUGCCGUCCCAUUCGGAGCAUGAUUUGAGAAUACAUAGAUAGGUAUAUUUGCUUCCUAAGCGUUCAGAAUUUGAUUCGGGGGAUUUGGUUUAGUUAAGAAACGACAUCAGUUGAAUGCGCAGUCUUGUUAACUUACAUGGCUGAUGUCAUGUUAGCUUGAGGGUCUUGGGAGAUCUACCCUAGGGUAGAUAGAUGACCGG